GAUGUGGCAACUCUGCGACGAUAAAUGUCAGAUAGGGCGAUAAACAGCUGUUUGUGAAGAAAAACAAAUUGAAAUUUUGUAAACUUAAAUGCGAGCUUUAUUAGCGACCACGUCACAGCUCGUCGGUCAAAAUGAGGUUUUGGCUAUUUUGCGGAGUUGCUGUCCUGUGCCUUGUCCUUCAAGCGUCGGCGGAGGGCGACGGGGGCCAGGAGGUCCCCAAGAACAUCACCACCAGCAACUCCACCACGCCAGAAAGUAGUAACUCCACCCACAACCCAUUGCCCGAUAUUGCGGCCAGUCUUCCAGGAAUUAUAUCCCCCUCAACUGCUGUUCCUGUCAAUGUAUCCACCACGAAGAAGGGCAACGCAUCGUCGGUGGCCACAGAGCCCCCACUCAUAGACUCCCAUGCUGUCGAGCAGGAGCACAACUCCUCGCUGUCCCUGUUCUUCGUGAUCUGCGUAAUCAUGCUCGGCAUCCUGCUGAUCCAUUCCAUGCUGCAGACCGGAUUCCAGUACUUGCCGGAGAGCAUUGUGGUGGUCUUCCUGGGCGCCUUUAUCGGCCUGUCGCUGAACGUGAUGUCUGGAGAAAAUGGCAGCUGGAAGCGCGAGGAGGUCUUCUCGCCCAUGGGCUUCUUCCUGGUCCUCCUUCCGCCUAUUAUAUUCGAAUCCGGCUACAAUUUGCACAAGGGAAAUUUCUUUCAGAACAUCGGAUCCAUCCUGGUGUUUGCAAUAUUCGGCACAACGAUUUCCGCUCUAGUCAUCGGGGCAGGGAUUUACUUGCUAGGCCUGGCAGAAGUGGCAUUUCGACUCAGCUUUUCAGAGUCGUUUGCCUUUGGCUCACUAAUCUCGGCUGUUGAUCCUGUCGCAACUGUGGCCAUUUUUCAUGCCCUGGACGUAGACCCCAUACUAAACAUGUUGGUGUUUGGCGAAAGCAUCCUGAACGACGCCAUAUCGAUUGUCCUGACCGCAUCCAUCACCCAAUCGGCUAACGCCAAUGCCGAGGCCAGCACUGGGGAGGCAAUGUUCAGUGCGUUGAAGACCUUCUGCGCUAUGUUCUUUGCAUCGGCGGGCAUUGGAGUCAUAUUUGCGUUGAUAUCGGCUUUGCUGCUCAAGCAUAUAGAUUUGCGGAAGCAUCCGUCUUUGGAGUUUGCCAUGAUGCUUAUGUUUACCUACGCCCCCUACGUCUUGGCCGAGGGAAUACAUUUAAGCGGUAUAAUGGCCAUACUAUUUUGUGGAAUCGUAAUGUCUCACUACACGCAUUUCAAUCUAUCCACGGUCACUCAAAUUACUAUGCAGCAGACGAUGAGAACGCUGGCUUUUAUCGCUGAGACGUGCGUAUUUGCUUAUUUGGGCCUGGCGAUCUUCUCGUUCAAACACCAAGUAGAACUGUCUUUUGUUAUAUGGGCAAUUAUAUUAUGUCUCAUUGGCCGGGCCUGCAACAUUUUCCCUCUCGCCUUCUUGGUCAACAAAUUCCGCGAGCAUAAGAUCAACAACAAGAUGCAGUUCAUCAUGUGGUUUUCUGGACUAAGAGGAGCCAUUUCCUACGCGUUGUCUCUGCACUUGAACCUUGACAGUCAAGAGAAGCGCCACGUCAUCAUAACAACCACAUUGAUAAUCGUACUAUUCACCACGCUGGUAUUGGGGGGCUCGACGAUGCCACUGCUUAAGUAUCUUAAACCUGGUAAAAAACGCCGAACACGAGGCUCUGUGCGAAAUACCCCUGAGGAGGGAGGACGACGAAGCGGCAGCGGCCGGAAGCGGUCGAAGUCUAUUUCCCUCUCGAAGACCCGCGAAUGGGGUCAGGCAAUUGACUCAGAACACCUGUCGGAGCUCACUGAGGAGGAAGACGUAUCUUUUACACAGGCCCGCGAUCGCUUUGGUCGCAUGGAUCGCAAGUACUUUAUUCCGUUCUUUACGCGACGCUUUAACAGUCAGGAGCUGCAUGAAUGCAAGUCGCAGAUGGCUGACCUGACUAACAAGUGGUAUCAAGCUAUUCGCGUGAGUCCAUUGGAUUCGGAUGAAUCGGAUGAAGAGAUCGGGUUGGCGGCCAGCACAAGUCAGAGCCAUCUGACACGAUCGUAGGAAUUCGAGGGUUUGGAGAACUCUGGCUGUGCUGACACCUUGGUGGCCAAAUAGAACGAUCGUAUUUAUAAUUCUAGUUCAAAUUUUCAAUUUUGUAUCUUUUUAACGCGGUGGUGGUAAUUGUUAACUUGUGCAUAUUUUCCUUGUUUCAAAAUGUUUAUUUUGUUAGACCUGUAUGCAAUGAUUAAUCCGUGUUAUGGUAGUUCCUUCCUAUAACCACUUCAAGCAGUAUUUCAUUGCACACGAAAGUUGCUCUUCAAAGACUACACAUGAAACUUAUGUUAGAAAUAAUUAUUAAUAUUUGAAUGAAUGUUAUCGCUGUAUUUGUGAUUUUGUAAAUUUUUGAAACCAAAUAUAAUAAAUAUCUAAAUGUGAUACCAAUGACAA